GUACACACGGUGGACCACGGGGAGGGAAACACACGCAUCCUUCACUGAGAGUUAACUGAACUUUACGCAGCCAGUCGGUGAGCGGGGCGCAGGAGAGGACUGCCGUUUCUACCCAGUGGAAUUCACCUGAUGAAGGGAUGUUGUUUUCAGCUAACAGUGAACGAACAUUCACUUUUUUAGUGGUGUCCUUUUUCUCUCCAGACCAUGAGCAGAGUUGGAUGUGAGUAAACACUACAAUGUUUCACGCGGCUGUUUGUGCUCCUCUCGUGAUGGGCUGACAGAGACAGAGAGACCGAACCAAAUGGAUUAUCUUUCCUCUCAACUCCACCGGCCACCUGUAGAGUAACUAACGGGCCGGUAUGAUAGUGUCUAACGUUAGUCUGAGCUGCGGCGUGAGCUGCCCAUGGGGAGUCAGUGACGGUAAAACGGUGGUCACGCAGGGAGGAGGCUCAGGUUCUCUGAGUCCUACGGGACAUCUCGUGGUGGCAGUGUGUCUGGGGUUCAUAGGUACAUUCGGUUUCCUCAACAACCUCCUGGUGUUAACGUUAUUCUGCCGGUACCAUACGCUGCGCUCGCCCAUCAACGUCCUGCUGUUGAGUGUGUGUGUUUCGGACCUGCUGGUCUGCGUGCUCGGGACACCGUUCAGCUUCGCUGCUGCCACGCAGGGCAAGUGGCUGAUCGGUAGGGCGGGAUGCGUCUGGUAUGGCUUCAUCAACUCCUGUUUGGGUAUCGUGUCUCUGAUCUCCCUGGCAGUGCUGUCCUAUGAGCGUUGCUGCACCAUGCUGUGUCGGAUGCAGGCGGAUGGUACUGACUUUGGUACAGCGGUGGCUGGAGUGUGUUUCUCCUGGGUCUACGCCCUGGCCUGGACACUGCCCCCGCUGCUGGGCUGGAGCAGCUAUGGCCCCGAGGGACCAGGAACCACCUGUUCAGUGGACUGGAGGACCCAGACACCCAACAACAUCUCCUACAUCGUCUGUCUGUUCACCUUCUGUCUGAUACUGCCUUUCUCUGUCAUAAUGUACAGCUACGGCAAGCUGCUCAGCGCUAUCAAACAGGUGAGCAAUGUGAGCACGGCGGUAACCCGUCGUCGUGAGCAACGUGUGCUGGUGAUGGUGGUAACCAUGGUAACGUGUUACCUGUUGUGUUGGCUGCCGUACGGUGUAGCGGCCCUACUGUCGACCUUUGGCCCUCGCAACCUUUUGACCCCUGAGGUCACCAUAGUCCCCUCUCUGCUGGCCAAGACAUCUACAGUCAUCAACCCUGUUAUAUACAUCUAUAUGAACAGACAGCAUCCCUGCGACCAAAGACAAUGUGCCCUAUCGCACGCACCCAUUCACAACAAUGUAGAGAUGCAGAUUGUUCGUCAGCAGAUACUACAUCCCAACACAACCACCAUAUAA